CGUGAUAAGAUGAUAUAUCAAAUGCAAGGAUUAUUAUUUUAUUGUAGAGCCACUUAUCCGCGCUCCAGAUAACCACAUGCAAGUAUUCUUAUUGGCCAGGUUUGUUUGUGCAUGUGCCUUUUAAGCAAAGGUUAGAUUGUUCACACAUGUGUGAUUUAACCAAUGGUGGGAUUUUUUUGUCCAUGCACAUAGCGAUCACAUGGUGGUAUGUUACAGCACGGCAUUGUAUAGAGGAAAUUUUAAAUUCUGCAAGAUACUGUUUAAUACAUUAUAAUCUGUACACUAUAUUUCCGAGUAUGGAGCGCAAGAAAACGGCCAAUAGAAAAAGAAUUGUGCUCACCAUUGAAGAGAAGCUCAAUAUCAUACGACGGUUAGAAAAUGGCGAAUCAGCAGCAAAACUUGCUUCUGAUGUCAACUUGGGCCUCCGAACGAUCUAUGACAUUAAGAGAGCAAAAACAAAGUUAUGGAAAUUUUUUAAGAAAACGGACAGUAGUGCAGGACCAUCAUAUCUGAAAGUCAUCAAAAAGUCUAAGUUCCAUCAAGUGGAUGAUGCUGUGCAUCAGUGGCUCCUUCAGCUUCGUGCUACAGGAGCUCCUAUCUCGGGCUUCAUGGUCAUGGAGAAAGCACGUCAGGUUCACAAAGAGUUGGGUAUAGAACAGCCGUUUUUAGCCAGCUCUGGCUGGCUUCGCCACUUUAAAAGGCGCCGUGGCAUCAGGGCACUAGCACUGUUGGAUGAGAAACCUUCAGCAAAUUUGUCAGUAAUCCAGUCAACUAAGGAGACAUUUGAGAAACUUUGUGAAGACCAAGAUCUAAACCCAGAGCAAGUGUACAGUGCAGAUGAAACCGGUCUAUUUUGGAAGUGCCUGCCGACUUUUACACUCGCGACCAAGCAAGUAGAGACAACUCCUGGCAUCAAAGUCAGUGAGGAGCGGGUGACGGUGCUCGUGUGUUCAAACGUUACAGGUACGCACAAACUUCCACUUCUUGUCAUUGGCAAAUUUGCGAGGCCAAGAGCAUUUAAAGAUUUAGACAUUCAUCAAUUACCUGUUGAUUAUUACCACCAGAAAAAGGCCUGGAUGACUCGGGACAUCUUCCGUUCUUGGUUCAUAUAUAAAUUUGUUCCAGCAGUGAAGCUACGCAUGAACAUGGUAGGAUUACCACACAAGGCUGUACUUCUUCUUGAUAAUGCUCCAGUACAUCCUGACGAUGGCUCUCUUUGCUUUGGGGACAUCACUGUUUAUCACCUGCCGUCUGAUGUUAGAGCUAUGCUGCACCCAAUGGAACAAGGUGUUCUCCAAAAUUUGAAACUGCACUACAGGAAGGAUCUGCUGAGUAGUCUUGUCUUUGGUGUAGAAAAUGAUCUGUUGGCAUUCUCAAAGUACUACAACAUUAAGCACGCCGUGUAUUCCAUUGCCACGGCCUGGGAGAAGGUGGACCAGAUAACGCUGCAACGUUCAUGGAGGAAGCUAUGGCCUUGUAUUGAGGAGAGUGAGGAGCUCAUUCAGGAAUCAGAAGAGGAGCAGGAACAGGACUCUCUUGUGGAGAAUUUUGUGGAGAAUUUAAGAAAUGUGCCAGGAUAUGAAGAUGUCAACGGCGAAAAUGUUUCUGAAUGGCUUGUGGUUGACAGUGCAGAUCCAGGAUACAGGUUAUUAGAUGACACAGAAAUUACUGGUGAUGUGCCAAGUACAAAGGUUGAAAACAGCAGUGAGGAAGAAGAAGAGGAAGAGGAAGAAGAGGAGGAGGAGGGAGAGUUGGACGAGAAAUCAAAUGAGGUGGUGGAGGUGGUAGUUGAAGAGGAGAUGUUAAUGUUGAAGGUGAAGGAAGAGGAAGUGGAGGACAAGAAGGUGGUGGAAGUGGAGGUAGAAUUAGACGAGGAGAUGGUUGAUGUGAGUAAAAUUUCCCAUAAGAAAGCAGUUCAAGCAUUUGACACUGUCAUUCAAUAUUUAGAGGGGCAAUCGGAUACGGAAAGACAAGAUAUUUUGCUUUGUAUGGCCCUGAGAGACCGAGCACUGGAAAAGAAAAACCAUUACUUGAAGUAGAGUGAUCACUAGCUUUCCAUCAACUUUCUCUUCACUUCCUUCAACAUGGAAACAAUAAACAUUUGGAACUCCUUCAGAAGUAGGAACAAUGUUCUGGGUUACAGUAUUUUAAUUAUUUAUUGUUCAAUUUGUAUCAGAAGAGCAGGGGGUAAAGGCCUGAAAAAGAUUGCCUAAACAGGGUGGAGUGAGACUACAAAGAGAUUUGAAGACCCAGACAAAGAUCUAAAAAUCUCAUCACAUGUCUUAUUCACCAUUAAAAUGGCAAGUCUCAUCAAGCCAAUUCCAUUCCCAUCUAUUGAAAAGUUAAAAGCCUGCAAGGAGGAGAGAAUAUAAAAUGAAGCACUUGGUGCAUUUUUUAAAGGCUCAACAAAAUUUGCAGCUGUUUAAAAACAAUUGACUUGUCCAAGCAAGUAAAUUGGCCACAAAGACUAUUUACUUUGGUACUGUAAUAUAUUGAGCUGAUAACACUCUUAGUUUUUAUAUUGUUUAGUAAAUAAAGUUGGUAUAUUUGU